CGCGUUAUUUUCUCGAGCGCGUCGCGAGGACAUGGAAGAUGGCGAGCGCGGAGACAGCGGCAGAGCACGAGCGGAUCCUGCGCGAGAUUGAGAGCACAGACACUAACUGUAUCGGGCCCACACUCCGGUCUGUUUACGAUGGGCAGGAGCAUGGACUCUUCAUGGAGAAACUGGAGGGGCGGAUCCGUAACCACGACCGCGAAAUUGAGAAGAUGUGCAACCAUCACUUCCAGGGCUUUGUGGACUCCAUUACUGAACUGCUCAAAGUGCGUGGAGAAGCCCAGAAACUUAAGGGUCAGGUGACUGAGACCAAUCAGAAGCUCCAAAGCAAUGGCAAAGGGCUCCUGACAACAAUGGAUGAACUGAGACAAUGCCGUCUGCAACAGAGAAAUAUUGCCACCACCAUUGACAAACUCGCACACUGCUUACCAGUGUUGGAGAUGUACAGCAAAUUGCAAGAGCAGAUGAGAUCCAAAAGAUACUACCCGGCACUACGAACCUUGGAACAGCUGGAGGAGAGCUAUUUGCCUCAAGCGGGAUCGUAUCGAUUCUGCAGCAUCAUGGCAGAGAACAUAUCACGUCUGCGCACACACAUCAGAGACGUCUCCAUGUCUGACCUCAAAGACUUCCUGGAGAGCAUCCGCAAGCAUUCAGAUAAGAUCGGAGAGACUGCCAUGAAACAGGCGCAGGUGCAGAUCGCACGUGACAACGCCGUGACAUCACAGCAGCACUCAGCGAGUGGACGGAGAAUACAAAAGGAAGCGUGUCUGGACAGAACUGGCAGCAACCCCUUCACAGAACAGGAUUCUGGGAUACUAGAUGUGGAGAAUGAAGAGGCGGAUAAGGUUUCAGGUGCACAGGAUUUGGUGGACUUCUCACCUGUUUAUCGCUGUUUACACAUCUACAGUGUAUUGGGUGCUCGGGACACGUUUGAAAACUACUACAGGAAGCAGAGACGGAAACAGGCCCGACUAGUACUGCAGCCCCACUCGAACAUGCAUGAAACAUUAGAGGGGUACAGGCGCUACUUCAAUCAAAUUGUCGGUUUUUUUGUGGUGGAGGACCAUAUUUUGCACACCACACAGGGUCUGGUUAACAGGGCUUACGUGGAGGAAUUGUGGGAGCUGGCCCUGUCCAAGACCAUUGCAGCCUUGCGCACCCAUUCAUCCUAUUGUACUGACCCAGACCUGAUUCUGGAUUUGAAGAACCUCAUAGUGCUUUUUGCAGACACACUGCAGGGUUAUGGUUUCCCAGUAAACCAGCUGUUUGACAUGUUGCUGGAGAUGAGAGAUCAGUAUGGGGAGAUCCUGCUAAAGAAGUGGAAUCAGUCUUUUAGGCAAAUCUUGGAUCAAGACAACUAUAGCCCCAUACCUGUGGCGACCCCAGAGGAGUACCAGCGAAUCACAGGCCAAUUCCCUUUCCAGGAUCCUGAACUUGACAAGAUGCCUUGUCCGAAGAAGCUGCCAUUUUCUGAAUUUGUGCCUAAAGUAUACUCACAGCUCAAAGAAUUCAUCUAUGCCUGCUUGAAGUACUCUGAGGACUUGCACCUUAGCUCGACAGAAAUUGAUGACAUGAUCCGUAAAUCUACAAACUUGCUGCUCACCCGAACCCUCAGCCACUGUCUACAGUAUGCCACAAAGAAGAAGAAUGUAGGAUUGGCAGAGUUGGUUCAGAUCAUCAUCAACACCACUCACCUGGAGCAGUGCUGUCACUACCUAGAGGAGUUCAUCUCCAACAUUACAAACGUGCCACCUGACACCAUUAAUGCAACCAAACUCUAUGGAACUUCCACCUUCAAGGAUGCAAGGCAUGCCGCUGAAGAAGAGAUCUACACUAACCUGAAUCAAAAAAUUGACCAGUUUCUACAGCUGGCGGAUUAUGAUUGGACAGCUGCACAGGGAGGCGGGCAGGCCAGUGACUAUCUGACUGACCUCAUCGCUUUUCUCUGCAGCACUUUUGCCGUGUUCACACACCUACCUGGCAAAGUGGCUCAGACUGCAUGCAUGUCUGCCUGUAAACAUCUGUCCACCUCCCUGCUACAGCUGCUGUUGGAGUCGGAUGUCAGGCAGGUGUCUAUGGGAGCCCUGCAACAGUUUAAUGUGGAUGUCAGAGAGUGUGAGAGGUUUGCCAGGGCCGGCCCGGUGCCUGGCUUCCAGGGGGACACUCUGCUGCUCGCCUUCAUCGACUUGAGACAAUUACUGGAUCUCUUCACUCAGUGGGACUGGUCCACGUAUCUGGCUGACUACGGCAGGCCCACCUGCAAGUACCUGAGAGUGAAUCCGAACACGGCACUGGCCCUUCUGGAGAAGAUGAAGGACACCAGUCGUAAGAACAACAUGUUUGCACAGUUCCGUAAAAAUGAGCGGGACAAGCAGAAGCUUAUAGACACUGUGGUCAAACAGCUGAGAAAUCUCAUCUCCAGCAACCAGGCUUGAAAAGGCCAAUGCACCUGCAGACAAUCCCACAGCCCGAUGAGCUACCACUACCAGAACACAUGGAGAUGAGUUGUCCCUUAUGAUGUAAGCAUGCACCUCCCGAAGGUGCAGUUAAAUCUGCCAACCUGUGGCUGUGUGGUAAGGUGUCUGUUUCUAGCUUGAAGUCUUCCUCUAUUACUACAUAGAUGAAAUAUAUUUGUCUCUGUAGAACAGGCAUUUGGUUGCCUUUAAUAGGACUUUUAUUUUGUCCCAAAUUUCCUCAGAAGCAGAAACAUAUUGUCUUUUUAUUUAAUUUGACAGCUACCGUUACUCUAUGUGGUGAAUAUUGUAUUCCAUACAUUUGUGCAGUAGUUAUACAAAAGAGGAACACUAACAACAGUUGCUUUUAUAGUCACUCACAGUUCAAAUGUAAUAAUAUCCCUGGAUACAUGUAACGAUUCCUGACUAUCAUUUGAGUGACAGCUUUGGAGUUAUGGUUAGGUUACAUGGAUUAAGAUGUUUUCUGAUUGGAUUUCUAAUAAUCAGAAGAGAGGUUUACAGUAUUCAUCUCAUUAUCAGUACAUUUAAAUAUGUUGAACACCAUUCAGUGCAAGAACUGACUGACGCUGGCUCAGGUGGGGUUCUGUAAUGUUUCUGCUACCUGCCUUUUAAAAUGAUACUGAUAAACAAAAUAAAAACACAAACAAGUUUUUUUGUGUUAAACAUAUACAUGCUUUUACUAUUAAACAGCGUCUUCCCAUUCCAUUGAUGUUUUUUUUCUGAAAAUGGGUGCAAUAUGUUAAACGUAUUUCUUUUCAAAUGAAUCUGAGGGUUUUAGGUGGCAAAGACAGGAGUCUUUUCUUCAUUUUUGUUUUUAUUGUCCAAAAAUAUGUGUGUCCUUAAAAAAUAAUGAAAAUAUUAAGGGAACUUGUAUUUGUGGCACAGCAUGCAUAAUGCAUUAUCUAUAUUUUCUGAGAAUUUUUGCCUGGUUUGUUCUCUCACCAAGUGUCUUUUCUUUGUGCAUUCAGCUCUUCCUUUCUGUGCCUUGACUAAUUUCAUGCCAAUAAUUGAUCAUGGUGGCUUCCGCACAACACCUGCACUUGGCUAUAUGAAUAAUGGACGGUGUUGGUGUGGUAAGAGUGAAAGAAAAGCACAAGAACAUGCUGCAUUAGCAGACUGAUGUGAUUGAUGAGAACAAUGUUUAUGUUAUGAUUUUUACGGAGAGAUAAUGUACAUUGUACAGAUUAUAUUAAACCACUUAUGAAUAUAACAAUACUAAUUAAUAAUGGCAACAGAUAUAUAAUAAACCAAAUGAAAAAUAUU